AAAAAAGAGAGAGUAAAAUAGAGUGGACUCGAGGAACCUAAUCCGGAACGAGGAAGGACUUGAUUCUUCUUCCUUCCUGCCAUCGAAUCGACCUACUCUUCGAUCCGGGAUGGAGCGCGUGAGAAAGGCUUCGCAUGCCGGCUCUUGGUACACCAACAAUGCCAGGAAGCUGGAAGAAGAACUUGAUGGUUGGCUUAGGGCAGCUGGUCUCACGAAGUCUCCUGAUGUUAGGGCCAUAAUUGCACCCCAUGCUGGCUACUCAUACUCAGGGCGCUGUGCAGCUUAUGCUUUUGGCAACAUUGAUCCAACUAACAUUUCUCGUGUGUUUCUGCUCGGCCCUUCUCAUCACUACUAUACUCCAAAAUGUGCUCUAUCAAGAACUACUGUUUAUAGUACCCCAAUUGGGGAUUUACCAGUAGACCAGGAAGUCAUCGAGGAACUCAGCGCUACUGGAAAAUUUGAAUUUAUGGACCAUAACGUCGAUGAGGCUGAACAUAGCAUGGAAAUGCAUUUGCCUUACCUUUCUAAAGUAUUUCAAGGAUAUAAUGUAAAAGUUGUCCCUAUCCUUGUGGGUGCCCUUAGCUCCGAAAAUGAAGCCAUGUAUGGGCAGUUGCUCUCUAAAUACGUAGAUGAUCCAAAGAACUUUUUUUCUAUCUCCUCAGACUUUUGCCACUGGGGAUCCCGGUUUAGUUAUACAUACUAUGACAAGAGCCAUGGUGCCAUUCACAAAUCGAUCGAGGCACUGGACCGCUUGGGAAUGGAGAUCAUAGAGUCCGGUGACCCGGACGCGUUCAAACAGUACCUCCGGGAGUAUGAGAACACCAUAUGUGGGCGCCAUCCCAUCAGUGUUCUCCUUCAUAUGUUGAAGCAUUGCUCUACGAAGAGUAAGGUCGGGUUCGUCCGCUACGAGCAGUCGAGCCAGUGCAAGAGCAUGAGGGACAGCAGCGUCAGCUACGCAUCCGCUGCGGCCAAGAUUGACGCUCCUGGAGAAGAAGAUAAAGAAUGAGCAAGCAAGAUGUGGUUUGUGUUCACUGGAGCUUGUCUGUCGAACUUUGAUACUCCCGUCGAUGUCUCAGAUUUUGUAUAAUUUUGUAUUAAAUCUGAGACACUUAUUAUGGAUAUGAGGGAGUAGUAAAUAAUAAACAUGCUCCGGUUGAUUGUUGCAGUGUGGCGACGCUAGAAUAUAUGCGAGGAAAAAAAAACUAAUAAAAAUUAGGAACCUGUAAUUCAUGAUGUAUCUAUGUGUAUCCACGUGCAUCUCAUCUUAACUUGAACUUUGGUGCAUUUGCAGUUGGGCAUGCUAACCACCGGGUUCGAUUUAUAA